CGAAAUUUGGACACGCGCAAUGACGGUCUCUGGCUGCUCUGGCUCGCCGGCUUCAAUGAGUUUGAGGCGAUGGGAAUUUGCCGAUCCCCGGACAUCUCGAACGCCGCGGCUGCCAGCAGUGAAGGGAGGAUUGAUCUCACCCAUCAGUGCUCGAGGGGCCAAAGCCGUCAAAGAUCUGAGGCCCUUGGCCGAACCUUCGAACAGGUCCUUGACAGAAAGGACUCUUGAAGCCGCAGAAGCGUGGAGCAUACCUGGCUCACCUUUCAAAGGCUUAGAUGCUUCCCAUCCGUCCAGAGGCUUUGAGUUGAGCCAAGAUUCCAGGAGCGGUUUCUUUGGGCGGCUGACGGGCUUAGACAUCGAAGCGGAACUGCAACGCCAUGCCGUGCUGCUGAAAGGACUCCUCCGCGAUAUGGCGGUCAUCAGGGAUACGGUAUGGCACUUGGCAGAUGAACGUAGUGUUGUGACAAGCGCUGCGCAUGAUGCGAAGGAAGCCUGUGACGUGACGACCCAACUGCGCACGUCCUUCUCGGAGCUGGAGAUUGCUGUGCUCAAGCAGCAGGAGCUCUGGGCCAAGGACGGCCCUGGAGAUGCCAAACUACUGCAAUCCUUGCAGGAAAGUAGCAUGGAAACCCGCUACGAGGAGCAAAGCCUUCGAGAAGAGACGCAAUUUGAGGAGCACAGCCGUAUCUUGGAAGGACGCUUUCAGGAGCAUCAUGGACAGCUGAACCAACGUUUCGAGGAGCACCAUGGACUGUUGAACCAACGCUUGGAGGAGCACAGCCGUAUCUUGGAAGGACGCUUUCAGGAGCAUCAUGGACAGCUGAACCAACGUUUCGAGGCCUUGAUGCAGGAGCACAGCUUGGCGCUAGAACAAUACCAGGAGCAACACCAGACAAUGGAGGAACGCUUUCAGGAAGUGCGCGAGAAAGUUGGAAACCUGAGCGACUCACUGCGCAAGGAAGUCCAAAUACGACGCGAGGCAUUGCGUGGAAAUGUCGUUCGAGACCUUUCGGCUUCCUUGGCGGAUGAGGUCGCUGAACGAGCCUGCCAAUCAGUAACACCGGUUCUUCAGAGGAUGAUGGCCGAAGCAAGGGGAGAACGGCCUUCUACUUGCCCAGCAGUCGUGCAAGGUGGACCAGCUCCUGGGGACAGGGGUUCAGCGGAAGCCGGGGGCGUGAAACGAGUUGUCGCAAUCCCACAGGCAUUGCGUGGAAAUGUCGUUCGAGACCUUUCGGCUUCCUUGGCGGAUGAGGUCGCUGAACGAGCCUGCCAAUCAGUAACACCGGUUCUUCAGAGGAUGAUGGCCGAAGCAAGGGGAGAACGGCCUUCUACUUGCCCAGCAGUCGUGCAAGGUGGAACGGAUGCCGGUAAUAGGGCCCAGUCUGCGGACACGGUGCUGUCUGCGGAAGCGGCGGGUGUGAAGGGAAUUGUCAUGGAUUCAGAGGAAGCGCAGGUGGUCGCUGCAGAGGUAGCAGCGGAGCUCAUUCAAAUGCUGCUGACGGACUGGCGAAGCACACCCUCCCCACAGGAGCUUUGGCCUUGACAUCCUGAAUUUGAUGAUCAUCCUUAGCCCUAGGCAUGUCCAAUAUUAUUCAUUAGGUUUCAUUAGAUUAGCUGUGGACAUUUACGGGAAAGGCUCA